AUGCCGGGCUACAGCACACUGGAUUGUGGAGCUGAUUCUAUUAAGAUCAUAAAUGCAAACUUUGGGCGUGCUGACUCCAGAACCUGUUCAGCUGGACUCACCAACAAUUUGAUCCAGAAUACCAACUGUUACGCUCCAAACACACCCUCAAUUGUGGCCGCACUGUGUAAUGGAAUGAAAACAUGCACUUUACAAGCUUCAAGCACCAUCUUUACAGAUCCUUGUACUAAAACUGUUGAAUACCUCACUGUGUCCUACAUCUGCACUAAGGAACUUGUGGCCUGUGAAGGCAGUACUGCGUCACUGAACUGUGGUGCCAGCAAUAUAAAGAUUAUCAGUGCUAACUACGGCCGAACCAAUUCCACCACAUGUUCCUCAGGACGACCUUCCAGUCAACUCUCCAACACAAACUGCUUCACGGCUGACACAGUAACUAAAGUUGCAGCUAGAAUGACUUCCAGCUUUCCACCCAGUGGCCAGAAAAGGGAUCACAAAGUUUUACCUACAAAGCCAUACAGAUGUUACAGUGCAAGAGCUUUGUUUUUAAUGUACUUAACACUGGCAGGUUAAAUCAUUUUUGCUUUUGCAUAAUCAACUGCUGCAGUGAUUUUGUUUCUGAACUAUACUAAUUGGCUUUUACAUGUAAUCCCACCAUCCUAAACGAAUCCACUUUACAAAUGAUUGCGCAAUAAACUUUAUAAACAUACAUAUCAAGGUUGAGUUGUGUGUAGACAAUUUUAUGAAAUCUAAGGCAGUGAUUGUCCAAACAAAUUGAUACAAACAACAAAGUCUAAUAAACAUGUCAAACACAGAGCGGACAGGUGGCAAACAGAAUCUAAAGGCAUAAUACUGGUUAACAGUCCAAGGGUGUUAUACAUAUAGACACAUUUCUGAGAUCAGCAAAUUACACACAAUGUGUUACUAUAGGCAAUAGAGCCAACAGAAAGACUAAUGUUUUGGAUUUUUUUCUUUAAUA